GUUCAAUCCAGAUAUCCCGGUUAACGGCACACAGUAACGAAUGCGAGCUCUAGUAACCGUCGGGUCUACAGGUUUCGACGAUUUGAUAAGGUCCGUCAUAGAUGGAAAGGUACUUUCGACACUUUACGAACUAGGCUAUGACCAUCUGACGAUUCAGUAUGGAUCUAGCAAAGCCAUAUACAACGAUCGGCUUGAGCGAAUUUCGACCACGUCUAACCGAACUCCCGUUAUCGAAGGUUACAACUACAAACCUGAUCUUAAAUGUGAUAUGGUGGAAUCAGAUCUAAUAAUCAGCCACGCAGGCUCAGGAUCCAUUUUAGAAUCCUUACGUCUCCACAAGCAGCUGAUUGUGGUGGUGAAUGAAAAGCUACUCGACAAUCACCAGGACGAACUUGCCUGCGCCUUAGAGAACAAAGGCUAUCUACUUCGAAGCACAUGCCGACAACUAUCAGACGUGUUGAAUGCGCUUAAAAACAAGUACUUUAUUCCCUUCCCUGAACAGGACACUAGUAUAUUUGCUAGCUUUCUGAACAAUGAAAUGGGAUUCAAGUAGUAAUACUAAAUGUCAAUUGUACAUAUCCAAAUAUACACUAUACAAUAAAUAAAAAGUAUAACAAAUGAGAAUGGCGAAGGUUUAUCAAACGAAGGAUGCCAGCAUUAUUCUGCGUCUGAGUCUCCAUCGUGAUAUAAUGUUA